CCGAAAGUUCGGCACUGUGCGCGCAGGCGCAACCGGGCCCCAACCCCGCCACCCGAUCAACUGCCAGAUCAACUGCCAGCCCGCCAGCCCGGGUGCCUGCCUCUACCUCAUCUGCCUUUAUCUUCCAGAUGCUUAGCACCAGACUGCGGCAAAUGCACGAAAGUACAUGAUAGACAUUUCCACUUACGCAUUGCAUUCCUCCAGGGCCGCCCACCUAGCAUCCGCCAUGACACAUUCGCCGACAUCAUCGUCGUCCCCCGAGGACGCUGCCGAGAACACCGCCGACGAGGAAGACUCGGAGGAUUACUGCAAGGGAGGCUACCACCCGGUGACGAUCGGCGAGAAAUUCAAGGACGGAAAGUACACGGUCGUGCGGAAGCUCGGCUGGGGCCAUUUUUCGACCGUCUGGCUGUCGAGAGACAACACGACCGGGAAACAUGUGGCGCUCAAGGUCGUGCGGUCAGCUGCCCACUACACCGAGACCGCCAUCGACGAGAUCAAGCUGCUCAACAAGAUCGUCCAAGCGAACCCGAACCACCCCGGCCGCAAGCAUGUCGUCAGCCUGCUGGACUCGUUCGAGCAUAAGGGGCCAAACGGGACCCACGUAUGCAUGGUCUUCGAGGUGCUGGGGGAAAACCUUUUGGGCUUGAUCAAAAAGUGGAACCACCGGGGCAUCCCGAUGCCGCUGGUCAAGCAGAUCACCAAGCAGGUGCUCUUGGGGCUGGACUAUCUUCAUCGGGAAUGCGGCAUCAUCCACACAGAUCUGAAGCCCGAAAACGUCCUGAUCGAGAUCGGCGACGUCGAGCAGAUCGUCAAGCGGGUGGUGAAGAACGAACCGAACGACAAGGAGAGCAACAGGAACGGGAGAAGGAGGCGAAGGACACUUAUCACGGGUAGCCAGCCGCUGCCAUCGCCCCUGAACGCGAGCUUCAGCCAGUCCUCGAUGUUCCCUUCCCCGGGCUCGCACAGCCUUGGCCAGAUGUUGCACGAAGGCGAGUCUCUUGCCCGACUCCGCGCCGCAUCCUCUUGCGUCCGUGACACGCCUACUGACUUUUCGGUUCGCGCAGGUUCUAAAUCGAAAGACGCGUCGCCAAAACCCAGUGCAGGUAGCACGGAGGAGAGCCAAAAACAGCGGGAGAAGACCGCCGACAUCUUGACUAGGGAAGUCUCGGGCAUCUCGCUGGACAAGGCCGGCACGCCGCCCUCCACGACCGGCGAGAAGCGCAAGGCCGAUGACAUGCAGGGCUUUGACAUCAUUAGCGUCAAGAUUGCCGACCUCGGGAACGCCUGCUGGGUCAACCACCACUUCACCAACGACAUCCAGACACGGCAGUACCGCUCACCGGAGGUGAUCCUCGGCGCUAAGUGGGGAGCGAGCACCGACGUAUGGAGCAUGGCUGCUAUGGUCUUCGAGCUCAUCACGGGCGACUACCUCUUCGACCCGCAGUCCGGCACCAAGUACGGCAAGGACGACGACCACAUCGCGCAGAUCAUCGAGCUGCUCGGGCCGUUCCCCAAGUCGCUCUGCCUGUCGGGCAAGUGGUCGCAGGAGAUCUUCAACCGCAAGGGCGAGCUGCGCAACAUCCACCGCCUGCGCCACUGGGCCCUGCCCGACGUGCUGCGCGAGAAGUACCACUUCAAGGAGGAAGAGGCCCGCCGCAUCUCCGAAUUCAUGACCCCCAUGCUCGAGCUCGUGCCCGAGAAGCGCGCCAACGCCGGCGGCAUGGCCGCCCACCCCUGGCUCGACGACACCCCCGGCAUGAAGGGCAUCCGCAUCGAUAAGGUCGAGGUCGGCAGCCGCGGCGAGGGCAUAGAGGGCUGGGCCUGCGAGGUCAGGAAGCGGUAGACAAUAGCGCGGGGAAACGUGUUUUGAAACCGGAGGAGGGAGUGGAAAGGGGGAAGGGGGAAAGAACCACUUUGUCUACCUUUUUGUUGUGUGUUUUCUCGGCUGCAUGUCUGUCCGCCUGUCUGUCUGUGUGUCUGUCCACUUCUUGGU